AACAAAAAACAAAAAGAAAAUAAGAGAGAGCGAGGUGUUCAGCUAUCAGUGACAAUUAUUAUUAUUAGGGCUUCUUCAUCAUCGUCUUCCUUAACCAAUCCAGACCCGCUCAGGCUUUAUAUCUUUGCGAUGGCGCCGAUCUGCAGAGACGGAAUGUUCUCCCGGGUUUAUUACAGAAAGCGGCGGCGGCGGCAAGAAAACGGCGCCGUUUUGGUGGAGAAGGGCAGCGAGGGCAUUCUGGGAAUUGAGGACGAAGAGUCUACUCUGACUCUGGCCGUGAUGUUGAAGAAGCUGCGUGAUAGAAAGAAGACUGCUUUGGAGGGUUUAGAGGGUAAAGAUCUGAUCUUUGGUGAUCAAAUUGAAGGGCAAGAUAGGAAAGUGAAAAAGGGUGAGGAAGGAAGUGUGGGUUUUGGUAGAAUUGAAGAGUGUGUAGUGAAGAAGAAGAAGACAUGUGGUGAAAAGGGUAUGAAGAGUGAGGAGUUUGAGGAAAAUGGGGAUGUGGGUUUUGGUAAAGAGGGAGUGAGAUGUGAAAUUGAAGAGGGUUUAGUGAAGAUUGUUGGAUGGAGCAAAGAUGAUGUCUCUACAAUGUGUCAUCAAUGUCAGAGAAAUGAUAAUGGGAGGGUUGUUCGUUGUCGAGGAUGCCCGAAAAGAGGGGAGAGGAAGAGGUACUGUGUUCCUUGCAUGAAGAAAUGGUACCCCAAUUUAUCAGAAGAGGACUUUGCUGAGGCUUGUCCUGUUUGCCUUGGGAAUUGUAAUUGCAAGAGGUGCUUGCGUUUGGAUUUGCCUCAGAGGUGCUUGAAGAAUCGAGGGUUGGAGAUUGGGGAAGAGGAGAGAGUGGAGCAAUGUAGGUAUUUGGUGCAUCGGUUGCUACCGUAUUUGAGGAGGAUUAAUGAUGAGCAGGUGAGUGAGAUGAAGUUUGAGGCUGGUAAGCAAGGGUUGGUGGAGUUUGAGGGGAUGGAAAUUGCAAAGUCUAAUUGUCGUGUUGGUGAGAGAAUGUAUUGCAACAAUUGCAGGACUUCGAUUUUCGAUUUUCAUAGAAGCUGUCCUGGAUGCCAAUACGAUCUGUGUCUGAAUUGUUGCCGGGAGAUUAGGGGUGGAGAGUUAAAGGGAGGUGGAGUAGAAAGUGUUGAGAUAUAUGAGGAUCGAGGAUUUGAAUGUUUCAAUGGUGAGGCAAAGAUUGUUUGUUGGAAUGGUGUGGGAACUAGGAGGCUGAGGUCUUCUUCUACAAAGCCAAAGUUUGAAUGGAAAGCAGAUGAAGAUGGAAGCAUUUGUUGCCCCCCAGAGCACAUGGAAGGUUGUGGUAAGCAUCAUUUAGAACUUAGAUGUUUGUUUCCUGGAAAUGAAGUCAUGGAGUUGGUAGAGAAAGCUGAAAAAAUAGAUGAGAGCUAUAAACACUUAGAUGCUACUAGUGAGGCUAGUGAAGAAAGUUGUUCGUGUAUAAGCCCCAUGGAUAAUGUGAAGUGUAGAAAUGCAGCUUGUAGAGGUGAUUCCAAAGACAACUAUUUGUUCUGUCCAAGUGCUGAGAGCAUUCAACCGGGGGAUUUUGAGCAUUUUCAGAGGCAUUGGAUGAAAUGUGAGCCUGUUAUUGUGAGCAAUACGCUUGUAAAUGGUUCAGGAUUGAGUUGGGAACCUUUAGUCAUGUGGAGGGCUUUUCGUCAAGUUAAUAAUACUAAGUGUGAGAAGGAGUUGGAAGUCCAGGCCAUUGAUUGCUCGGAUUGGUCUUUCAUCGAUGUCAAUAUGCACAAAUUUUUUACUGGAUAUUCUGAAGGAAUGUUUGAUACAAAGGACUGCCCUCGGAUCCUAAAGCUUAAAGACUGGCCUCCCUCCACUGAUUUUGAUAAACGUCUUCCUCGCCAUGGCAAGGAGUUUGUGAGUUGCUUGCCUUUCAAGGAAUACACUCAUCCAACAGCUAGUACCCUAAACCUUGUUUGCCACUUGCCUAAAAGAGCUGUCAAACCUGACUUGGGGCCCAAGACAUACAUUGCAUAUGGCAUUGCUCAGGAACUUGGACGCGGAGAUUCUGUGACAAAGCUUCACUGUGAUAUGUCUGAUGCAGUGAACAUUCUGACCCAUACUACUGAAGUGACCCUUGAGCCUAAACAUCUUGCUGCUAUGGAAGAGUUGAAGACAAAACACUGGGAGCAAGAUCAGAAGGAGAUUUUUGGAAAUUUUAGCCCAAGGAGGCUCACUGGCAACAAAGAAGUUAAUGAUGCAGGUGAAGGCGGUGCUCUAUGGGACAUUUUCCGUGUACAGGAUGUUCCAAAGCUGGAGCAAUACAUAAAGAAGCAUUGUAGGGAAUUCAGGCACUUUGAGUGUAGGCCAUUGAAGCAGGUCGUUCAUCCGAUACAUGAUCAGACUAUUUACCUGACUAUGGAGCACAAAAGAAAGCUUAAGGCAGAAUAUGGGAUUGAGCCAUGGACAUUUGUACAAAAGCUUGGUGAUGCGGUGUUCAUUCCUGCAGGCUGUCCACAUCAGGUGAGAAACUUGAAGUCCUGCAUUAAAGUUGCCGUGGAUUUUGUUUCCCCUGAAACUGUUGGCCAAUGCUUUCGGCUGACUGAGGAGUUUCGCACUCUGCCGCCAGAUCAUAGAGCAAGUGAGGACAAGUUAGAGGUUAAAAAAAUGAUUGUUCAUGCUGUCUUUGAUGCUGUUAAGAAGAUUUCUGAGGCAAGAUCUCGAUGUAAGGCCUAAAUCUUUGAUAAUGUUUUGAUCAUCACUGUUCAAUGGAAUCAUGCAAUGCCAUAUUGUAACAUAGUUAAGUGACUGUUGUGCUAGAAUGAAUAUUCAUUUUCCUUAGAAAGAUCAUUAAAGGGUUUUGUUAGUCUUCAUC